AUGAACACCAAAACGAUGCGUUUACCCCCACGUCGCGUUCUAACGACGGAAAAGCGCAAAGAAAGAGACGGCGUUAUCUCCUCCGUCGUGAAGCCGCCGGAAUCCACCGUGACGAAGUUUCCUCCACCGCCGAAUCUUGGUCCUCCGGCGGUUAAUUCCAUUUCCAAGAAAGCUCUAAUCGCAGCCGAGCCGGUCGGCUCGAACCAGCUAAUGUUAGCCGGUUACUUGAGUCACGAGUUUCUCACCAGCGGCACACUCUUCGGGGAGCAAUGGAAUCCGGCUCGAGCCCAAGCCUGUCCACCCGAGCCAAAGAAGGUGAAGCCGAACCAUGCAGUUGAGCCGGUUGAGGAAAGUGAGCCGAAACGGAAGCGGUACAUGGAAGUCGCUAAUCUCCUCAGGUCAGAUGGGGCCCACAUGCCCGGCAUCGUCAAUCCUGCCCAGCUUGCCCGAUUCCUCAAACUGUGAUCGGCGUAAUCCGGCGUACACGUGGAGGCAGCUCAUUGGUCCGUCGCCCAGCAAGCAAGGCAGCCCUAAAACCAGAAUCCGCCGCUCCUCUCUCUCUCUUAUCAUUUCUUUUUUGUUUUCAAAUCUUCUCGUAUGUAAAGCGCUGACUCUCUCUCUCUCUCUCUUUCAUCGUCUUCUUCCUCGAAAUCGAUCGAGAAAGUCCAGAGUUUGUUGUGAGGUAGAUUGUUCAUGUUCUUGUACAUCAAAAAAAAAAAUAUAUCAAUUAGCCAAUCCAUCAUUAUAUCUUGAAA